UGACGUCUAACACUCCUGCAUUUUUCACACCAUUGACCAAAAGUAUCAACGCUACUCUUCUACAACGAAAUUGAUUAUUUUUUGAAGAUUUAAGUCUUUCGAGGUCAAUUUUCAAUUGGUGUCCGUUUUGGAAAAGUCUAGCAAUGUCGUCGGAAGAAGUUACACUGAAUAGUGACGUUGUUGUAAAGCAGGAGCAGUCAGCAACGGACAGUACUGAAAAGAAUCCUAGCACAGCACAGCCACCACAAGCAAAACCUGCCCAAGAACAAACGCGAACCGAGAAUUUGCAGAGAAUUCAGCAGCGUAAAUUAAAAAUCUACAAAUUACCCAAGCCACAGAAAAUGGCUAAAUUAUCCAUGUAUUCAGCUUGUCAAAAAUGCCGUUGCACCGGAUGGAAAACACAAGAGGAAAAUCGACACAGAGACGUUGAAAGCAAUUAUUGUCCAAAGUUUACGGAAGAAUGUAGGAAUCCCAGCUGCAAACAUCCACUGGAAAACCACAUAUCGCACUUGACGGACAUAACUGAUGUACAAUUGAAUGAAUUGCUGGGAGCGAUUGUCGAUAUUGAAAACUUGUUCAUUAGCAUGCAUCGCGAGGUGGAUGAGGAGACACGUAAAGUGUACAACUACUUGUUUCAUCUCUUGCGACAAUGCAUUCUGUCGCGUCAACAAGCCGUUAUACGAGGUCCGCUUGGCGAUCCACCAUUCGAACAACCGUCCAUAUCGAAGGCAGUAUCGAAUUUCUUGUUUUUGAAGUACAAUCAUUUGGGUCAAGCGGAAUUCACAAUGAUGACCGAGGUGGCGAAAACGUUUCUCAAUUGUCUGAACUUUUGGAGCUUUGAAAGUCCCAGCGUACGAUGCAAGGAGUUGUCACACGAGGAUGCAUCGACUUACAAAAUAAAUUACACGAGAUGGUUGGUAUUCUGUCAUGUUCCAGCAUUCUGCAAUUCACUCACACAUUUCGAAACUACGCAAGUUUUUGGUCGAACGCUGUUAAAGGCUGUGUUUAAAUACGUUUGCUAUCAACUGAAAUUGAAAAUGCAAGCUGAUAAAGACCGGAUGCCUGUCGAACGACGAUCGAUGCUAGUUCAAUUACCAAAAUUUUUGGACGCUUUGCGGCACGAAGUUAUCAACGAUGAUUCACCCAUCUGGGAUCCAAAUUUCAAACCUCCCGUUGCUCUACUGCUACAAAGAAAACGCGAACGUGAAAACAACAACACCCUGCAUGGACAUGGAGCCAGUACAUCCGGUAAAAAAUACAAUAACGAGCCGUCGUCUAGCAAAAAGUAUAAGAAAGCCGAUCCGGAUAGCGAAGACGUUUCGGAUGAUGUGAUUUUGAAGGCCAUUAAGCGCAUUAACGAGUCAAAUUAUGCCAACAAAACUGAGCUCAUCACACCUGAAAUAGCUCCUCGAGAUGAAGCUGCUAAGGCCCAGGAGCAGAGAGGUGAAAUCGAAUUUCAUGUUCUUGGCAAUUCUUUAACUCAUCCGGUUAGCAAACAAUCAAUGCUUUGGCUACUGGGAUUGCACAGCGUUUUUGCGCAUCAGCUUACUGAAAUGCCACGAGAGUACAUUAGCCAGCUCGUAUUCGAUCCAAAACACAAAACAUUGGCUGUCAUUAAAGAUGGAACACCGAUCGGAGGGAUCUGUUUCCGCACAUUUCCAACGCAAGGUUUCACCGAAAUAGUAUUUUGUGCGGUGACUAGUAGCAAACAGGUUAAAGGAUACGGAACGCACAUGAUGAACCAUUUGAAGGACUAUAGCACACAGCGGGGUAUUAAACACUUUUUAACUUAUGCAGAUGAGUUCGCCAUAGGUUACUUCCGCAAGCAAGGCUUUUCCGAUGAUAUUAAAGUUGCCCGGCCGGUAUAUGCUGGUUACAUCAAAGAAUAUGAAGGUGCCACAUUAAUGCACUGUGAACUACAUCCCAGUCUCGUAUACACACAAUUCAGUUCGGUGAUCCGGAAGCAGAAGGAAAUCGUAAAAGAAUUAAUAUCGCAGCGCCAGCAAGACGUACAAAAGGUUCAUCCGGGCUUAACCUGCUUCAAAGAGGGCGUCCGAAGUAUACCGGUCGAUUCGAUACCCGGUUUACGUGAAAUCGGUUGGAAACCACAAGCUCGAGCACAACGAGCAUCACGACCGGAAGAAUCGGCUGAUCCGGACAAAUUAAUGAUCACAUUUAACACAAUAUUGGGAACGGUUCGGACACAUGCAAAUGCUUGGCCAUUUUUAAAGCCUGUUAGUGCUGUUACCGUUCCGGAUUAUUACGAUCUCAUCAAGUAUCCAAUGGAUUUGAAGACUAUGGGUGACCGACUGAAAAAAGGAUACUACGUAACACGACGUCUGUUCAUGGCUGACAUGGCAAGGAUAUUUUCCAAUUGUCGCUUGUAUAACUCCCCGGAAACUGAAUAUAUUCGAUGUGCCAACAUUCUAGAACGCUAUUUUCAAACCAAAAUGAAGGAGAUUGGCCUGUGGGACAAAUGAUGUUUGGAGACGGUGUUAGAUGUACGGCAAAGUACAUUGGUGAGCGAUGGACCGAUCGAAACGUUUAUGGUAGAUGGAACGUUCGUUGAGGUUGAACACAGCACGAUUGUGAUGCGCUGAGAAAUUUUAUUAGAAAAAAAACUUAUUGUAAACUGUGUGUGCCCCGGAUCUGAAAAUGUAUUAAAAUUAUGUUUAACAAA